ACUUCUCAGCGGUUGACUUCCCAGAUUCCCUUGCUUAUCCACGAGCAUCAUGGGUAAUGAAGUCCUAAAGUUGAACUGACUCAUUACUUCUGUGAAAUACUCAAAUGAAGGUGUCUUCUUAUUUAACUUAUUAAUUUCUCACAUUUACUGUGUUAUAUGAAUGAUCAAUAAACAUAACUUUAGUAAAUAAAGUCACAACACAACAUGUAUGAGCUGCUGAAGACCUAUCUAUCAAUCUAUCUAUAUCAGCAGAUUUCAGCUGUUGUCUCCAGCAGGUGGUGCUCAAACACCAAUUUUUGAACAAUCUGUCGAGAUAAAGAUUCAUUUUAAAAUCCUGUCAUUUUAUUCAGACUCAUCAUGAACUUGUACGUUUUAAGCUAGUUUACACUUUCUCCGAAAACGUCUGAAAACAAGAAGAAAACCGCUUUAAAGUUCGGGACCGUCUUUACUUUCACUUUCGCGGCAGAGAUGGCGCAGCAAAAAAAGAGCUGAUUUUAGAAAUCAUCUGUUGGAGCUUCUUGUGGUGUUUGAAGAGCAGCGAACAGGAUGGCAGCAGCUGCAGCAACAUCUGUGACUGAUGCCCUGCAGCCCCUGAAGCGAAGCAGCAGCUAUAACCUCCUUCCACCCAGCAUGUCUGAGCUGUUGGUUGUUCUUCUGGGGACCAGCUGGUCUGAGAGGAGUUCUGUUGGGAACUUAUUACUGGGAGAGACCAAGUUCAACUCUGAGGAAGAACCAGACUUUGUGACAGUCAGAGGACAGGUAAAGGAGAAAGAGUUAGUCCUCAUCAACACUCCAGAUCUGCUGAAUCCAAACAUCUCUGAAGACAAACUAAGAGGACAUGUAGAACUCUGUGUGAGACUCUCUGAUCCUGGACCUCAUGUGUUCCUGCUGGUUCUACAGCCUGAAGACUUCACUGAGGAACACAAACUGAGGAUCUGCAGAGUCCUGGAACUAUUCAGUGAUGAAUCAUUUGAUCGAUCACUGGUUCUGAUAUCAGCAUCCAGAGAGGAGAGCUCAUUUGAAAACUUCAUGAACAAUCCAUCCUUCAGAGACCUGAUCAGAGAGUGCAGAUACAGAUACUUGUAUCAGAAGAACCUGGAACGUUCAGAGCUGCUGACACGUUUGAGCCAAAUCGUAAAAGAGAACAACAGAGAAGAUCUGAGCAGUGAUGGAUCUGAAGAUGCUGGUUUAACCAUGAAACCAACACCUGAGCAGAUAAAACCUCCUCUGAACCUGGUCCUGUGUGGUAGAAGAGGAGCUGAGAAGACUUCAGCAGCUGAGACCAUUUUAGGUCAGACAGAGCUUCAUUCAGCCUCCAGCUCAUCUGGUAAAACCCAGGGAGAGGUGUGUGGACGUAGGGUUUCCCUGCUGGAGCUGCCUGCCUUGUAUGGAAAACCUCAGGAGGCAGUGAUGGAGGAAUCAUUCAGGUGUAUCUCCCUCUGUGAUCCUGAGGGCGUCCAUGCCUUCAUCCUGGUCCUACCUGUGGGUCUCCUCACUGAUGAAGACAAGGGAGAGUUAGAGACCAUCCAGAACACAUUCAGCUCUAAAGUCAGAGACUUCAUCCUGAUUUUGUUCACUGUGGAGUCAGAUCCUACAGCUCCAGAAGUUGUUGACUUUAUACAGAGCAGAGACAUCCACGAGUUCUGUCAGAGCUGUGGAGGAAGAUCUGUUGUUGUCAACAUGAAGGACAAGCAGCAGAUCCCAGAGCUGCUGGAUCAAGUGGACAAGAUGACAGAUGAAGGAUCCAGAUGUUUCAGUAAGGACAUGUUCACUGAGGCUCAGAUGGAGAAGGUUGUAGAACUUACAGUUCAGCUGCAAAGGAGUGAGGUUGAAAAUCUGAGCAGAGAAACUCUCAGGAUGGUUCUGAUCGGGAAGUCUGGCAGCGGGAAAAGUGCAACUGCAAACACGAUUUUAGGUAAAAACCAUUUUAAACCCAAAAUCGCCCCGAAGCCAUCGACCAAGUCCUGUGAGAAAGCAACAGGAGAACCUGAUGGACGGCCAGUCGCUGUGGUCAACACUCCUGCACUGUUUGAUGCAACGCUGUCUGAUGAUGAAUUUCAGCAGGAGAUUCUAAAAUCCAUCAGCCUCUUGCCUCCUGGACCUCAUGCGUUCUUACUGGUGCUGCAGAUCGGGAGCUUCAUGCAGAAAGAGAAAGACUGUGUGGAGCUGAUCAAGAGAUGUUUUGGGAAGAAGUCACAAGAUUUCAUCUUCAUCAUUUUCACCAGAGGAGAUGAGCUGGAAGAUCAGCUGUUUGAGAACUACCUGAGGAACUGUCAGGGCUUUGCUAAGCUCAUCCAGGACUGUGGAGGCAGAUACCAGGUCUUCAACAACAAAGAUCCAACAAACCGCACACAAGUCAAAAAGCUGCUCAACAACAUCGACGUCAUGGUGGAGAAGAACAGCGGAAGCUGCUUCACCUCUGAGAUGAUCGAUGACACUAAGGAGUUAUUAGAGAUACAGCUGGAGAGAAUCCAGAAAGAGAAGGAGGACGAGAUGAAGAAGAAGGAGGAGAACCUCAGAAGGAAACAUCAGGAAGAUUUAAAAGUACUGCAGAUGAAACACAGAGACCAAACUGAACAGGACAGAAAACUGAGAGAGAAGCAGCUGAAGGAGAAAGACGAAUGCAUCAACAGGGAGCGAGAGUUGAGGAAGAAAGAACGCGAGGAAGACGAGAAGAGACGAUGGAAAGAAGAAAAUCAGAAACAGGAGUGGAGAAGGAAAGUAGAAGCUGCAGAGAAAAAGCUUCAGUCAGAGAGAGAGCAGAGAGAGAACGCUGAGAAGAAGCUGGAGCUGACCAGGAGAGAAAUGAAGAAAGAAAUGAAGAAAGAACGAGACGCCUGGGACAAAGAAAGGAAGGAGACCUGGGAACGAAUGCAUCAGGAGGACCGAGAGGUUCUGGAGGAGGAGAGGACCAGACACAGGAAGCUGCAGGAAGAGUUCUACCGGAAGAGGAAGAUAUGGAUGUAUUCUUUUAUUGGUUUGCUGCUGUUGUUUCUAUUGUAUUAUGUGUUUUUGAAGUGAUGCAGCAAACUGUAAAACACACACAGUAUCUGACAUUGACAUGUUGAGUAUCUGCAGCUGGUGAAGAUCCUGCUUCAUCCCAACAGAAGCAGCUCCAGGAACACAUCAGGAACUGCAACCUCCACAGACCUUAAUCUGAUCAAACGUCCAGCACUAAUAGGUGAAUUUCCCAGAGAAAAGUGAAAGCGAGGUUUAGCAAAACUUUUCCCAGUCACAGUUCAGUCCUGACCAUCUCCUGGUAUGAUCUUGUGCCUCUAGUGGAGUGUUGAAGGUUCUGGCUGGUGCUUUAUGUGUUCCCAGGAGUCUCCGAGUGAAUCAGUCCAUCCUGGAUGUUCAGGUUCUGCAGCUGCUGAGGGACUGAGUCGUAUUCAUUCUGCUGCUUCUGAAUCUCUGCAGACAGAUCAGUAGAAUCUCACUGCUGUCUUUCUUCAGCAGUAUCACCUUCAGUUUGUCCCUGUGGUUGAGGAACUUGAUUAUUAGCGUUCUUGGUGGUCAGUUAGCGUCCCUGUCCGGUCCGACCCGGUCCGUUCUCUCCAGAACCAUUUGGCCAUUGAUCACCAGUAUUUCUGGGAUCCAUUUUUUCCAAGAAGGCAGGUUUACCAUCCUCAGCUUAUUGACUCAGGACCUCAUCUCCAGGUCCCACACCUUAUCCUGCAAAGCUUUGUUGGAUUUCUCCAGUUUUUUUUACUUUAGCUGUCAGUGCAGCCACCUUAUUAUCCACCGUUUAUAUCCAUAGCCCGGUCUGUAACGCUCUUUCAGUCUGAUAUCUAUUUCCUUGUUUCAGUAACGACUGCCAUUAUUUCAUCAAGUUUAGAGAAGAACUCGGACUUCAUGUCCUAAUUGCCUUCAGUAUGGUAUCGGUGUGUUAGCUUGCUGGGCUACACUGCUAACGCUAAAGGUAGUUAGCUUUGCUUGUUUCGUCAUUUUCCCUUUUUCUUUACUCGUAGCCAUCGCAGAACUUAGCAGAGUAGUGCGCUGUCACUUGUUCUGCAGAGUCAGGUGAUGGAUGGAUGGAUGGAUGGAUGGAAGGAACGAUGGAUGGAUGGAUGGAUGGAUGGAUGGAUGGAUGGAUAGAUAGAUAGAUACUUUGUUAAUCCCAUAGGGAAAUUCAAAGUGUUUCCUCUUACCAGGGCGCCGCCAUAACCAGAAGUCGAUUCAGCAAAACUUGUAUCAUUUAUCAGUAAUUAUGAGUCACAUGACGAACCUCUGAGGAUGACUGAGUUGCUGUUUCACUGAUAUUUGUAAUGACUUUAAGCAGGCAGCAUCUCAACUGAGUUGUUAAAGUUUAUUAAGAAGGUGUUUUAUGUCAGACCUAAAUCAUCUUUUAUGUUAGAAUUUGAAAUGAUCUCUUGACCACAGACCAGUGAUUUUACAUUUAACGUUUACAAGACGUUUGGUCUUUUCAGAGAAUCCUAAUUCCAUCUACUAACUCCAGACUGCUGUUUGUCAUCAGUAUCUGUUAUCUGCUUCCUUGUGCAAAGCCUCAUGUACUGUAUGUAUAUAAAUAUAAGGAAUGGGAGUUUUUAUGAAAGGUUUUAGCACUAAACUGGACAUUAAUAUAUAAAGUAUUGUAUUUUUAGUUAAUAUGUUAAAACACAUACAAGCUGAGAUUGAUCACCAGCAUCUCUAACACAAUGUCUCACUGCGUUUUGUUCCUUGAUUGUCAUUUUUAACUGUUUGGUUCGUAAAAAUUCACUACAAGCCUAAAUUUGAGGCGGUUGUGAUUCAUUUCAAAUGGAAAUGUGAUGCAUGUUGAGUCCCACCAGCAUAAAAGAGAAAAGAUGAAUUUACACUGGACUCAGGAGGGAAAAUGUGUUUUUAAAAUGAUCACUUGGUGGCGCUCUCUACAUAACGAACACGAGCUACUCCACCAGUAAAGUUGUGCUCUUUAUUCCAGUAGUACUGCACAGUAGAAAUGCUCUGUAGUACUACUGGGAUAGUAGUAGUUUACAGUAAAAGAUCAAACCUUAAAGUGUUGGUAAGAAAAGUAAGACUUCAUCCUGUUGUAGACCUAAUCUACGAUCGCCAGAUUUAAUCCUGUUUGUUUUUAUUUUAUAUGAAUCUGUAAUUACUGUGAAUCUGCAAAGCAAAAUGGAACAAAAAGCAAAAUAUUUUUCUGAUGUAAAAACUGAGGAGUUCCAGUGAAGUUUAACUACUUCUGUGAUGUUAUACUGGAUUAAAUGUUUGUUCUCUGCA